AUGGCCAAAGACAAGUCGGACAAGAAAAAGAAGGAGGAGGUCGCGCAGGACGUUGAGAUGGAGGAGGUAAUUGCGGUCACGCCCAAAAAGUCCAAGAAGGAGAAGAAGGAGGACGAGGAGGAGAUUGUGGUACCAUUAUCUGAGCUUUCACCUAUCGCACACCCACUUGCACAAAAGAAGCUGGCGAAGAAGCUUCACAAAACUAUCAAAAAGGCUUCAAAGCAACGGCAGGUGAAGCGAGGCGUGAAGGAGGUAGCAAAGGGCAUUCGCAAAGGAGAGAAGGGACUCCUUAUUCUUGCCGCGGACAUCACGCCCAUGGACAUUAUUUCACAUUUACCAGUAUUGAGCGAGGAGGCAGGCAUUCCAUACGUGUUUGUCACUUCGAAGGAGGAGCUCGGGCACGCAUCGUCGACGAAGAGGCCGACAAGUUGUGUGAUGGUCUGCCCUGACCAGAAGAGGAAGCGGAAGGUCGAGGCUGGGGAGAAGGAUAAGGACGACGACUACCGAGAGUUGUACGACGAGUGCUGUAAGGAAGUCUCCAAGCUCGACCACAAAGUACUCUUCUAG